UGAUUAGUUGUGAGAGUUUAAUUAAAGCAAAGCCAUAUAGUUGGAACCGUAAACGUGGACGUAUAGCUAGCAAGAGAAAUCGUCCAUGGCAUCGAACUUUUUUGUUCAAAUCUCCACCGCCACGUAACACCAAGAACCUCCUUUAUUCUCCAACGCCCUAGCUUGUAGCAACUACCAAGGAAGCUGCGCCCCUCUCUUUCUCUCUCUCUCUCUCUCUCUCUCUCUCUCUCUCUCUCUAUUUGCCUUUGAUUUGUAUCCGUUGGCAGAGCCGCUAUUUGACAUUUGGCUCCAACCGAAGACUCUAUGAAAUGGGUUUUGGUCCACUUGGCCCUGGAGCUUGUAGGAAUGUGAUUAUUUGAGAUUGGAAGUAGAAUUUGGGAACAAGGAAAGAUCAUGAGAAAGGUUGAAGGGAGGCUGUGUGAGGAAUUUUCACCUGCAUAUUAUGGGCUCUGCACUGUUGGAGGAAUGCUCAGUGCUGGCACUACCCAUCUUGCAAUCACGCCUCUUGAUGUCUUGAAAGUUAAUAUGCAGGUAAAUCCAAUCAAAUAUAACAAGAUGGCUUCAGGGUUUUCUAUUCUUUGGAAAGAACAAGGCCCUUCUUCUCUUUGGAGAGGUUGGUCUGGGAAACUUUUCGGAUAUGGUGUUCAAGGGGGCUGCAGAUUUGGUCUCUACGAAUACUUUAAGAAGCUUUACUCUGAUGUAUUGAAAGAUCAUAACAGGAGUACCAUAUUCUUUCUCAGCAGUGCAUCUGCUCAAGUAUUUGCUGAUGUGGCUCUCUGUCCUUUUGAAGCCGUCAAAGUCCGAGUUCAAACACAGCCUUACUUUGCAAAGGGCUUGGUUGAUGGGUUUCCAAAACUAUAUGCAACCGAAGGGCUAGCUGGCUUUUACAAAGGACUUUUCCCACUUUGGGGUCGAAAUCUUCCAUUCUCGAUGAUAAUGUUCACGACGUUUGAGCACUCAGUGGAUCUGAUUUAUCAGAAAGUUAUGCAAAGAAGAAAAGAAGAUUGCUCAAGACCCCAACAGCUUGGUGUGACAUGUUUAGCGGCCUAUGCAGCAGGAGCUGUUGGUACUGUUAUUUCUAACCCUGCAGACAACAUUGUUUCCUCUCUAUACAACAAAAAGGCUGACAAUGUGAUGCAGGCUGUGAAGAACAUCGGGCUCGUUAAUCUAUUUACUAGAAGUCUUCCUGUUCGAAUUACACUUGUCGGACCUGUUGUUACCUUGCAGUGGUUUUUCUAUGACACCAUUAAAGUUCUAUGUGGAUUGCCUUCCAGUGGAGGGCUUACCAGGCGUCUUGAAGAAGCUAACCUAUCAGCUUAAGAUCAUUAGAUUAGAUAAAGAACAAUUCAAUAGGAUCACUGUCUUUGAGGAUGAGAUAGUCACUCCUUGGGGCCAGCAAUUACUACAACUUUGAUCCUUUGUCAUGUCACGGUUCGUUCGCGGUAUAGGUGGCAUUUUGAGUUGAGAGUUUUGUCGUAUCCGGGGUUUAUUAUAUCCAUAAUAUUUGAAGGUCAUGCAGUUUCAUGAUACUC